UCCUCCGCCGUCUUCGACCCCACCCACCUGGUUUCCGUUUUUCUUUCUCAAGUCCAAACUUGACCAAAAGUUUGCGCAGAUUGAUGUUGAGAAACAAAGCGAUAAUGAUCAAAGGACGGGAUAGCUACCUAAAAACACCUGUGAAAUAGAUAAAGUGCGUUCGCUGUGAUGUGAGUUGAAUCCCAGAUUAGGACAAUGAGUAACCACGACAUCCUGGAGAUGGACUGUGUGUCCGACCCAGAGGAGCAGGAGGCAGACACCCAGCUGGGCAUGGUAGACGAGGAAGUUGUUUACCCAGAGGAGUUCUUACCAACAUAUCACUCUAUUAAAGAAGGAUCGACAGUAGCUAAAGCACAUCAGGCAGAGUUUAACGACAAACCGGACAGCUUGUUCUUCAAUGAUGGUGUCAGACGGAUUGACUACAUCCUUGUCUAUGAAGAUGAGGAGAAAAAGAAGGAGAAGGAGUUUGAGAAGAGGCACACCUUCCAGAGGCGCAAGACACGUCGAGAGUACUUUGAGGCCAGUCUGAUGAAGAUGGGAAUGGAACUGGAGGCAACUCGAUCUGUAAUAGAUGAAAAGCUUAUGUUUGUCAAGAUCCAUAUGCCAUGGGAUAUGCUGUGUACCUAUGCAGAGGUCCUGCACAUCAAAGUUCCAAUCCAGCCCAAUGACCUGUCCUCUCGCCCAUCCCCAUGGAACUUCCUCUCGUGCAUCACCAAGAAAUUCUACCCUGAUGAGGAGCUGAUCAGCAAAGAGACAGAGUUCUUCACUGCCCCUUUCGAGAAAGACCGCCUGGAGUACUUCUACAUAAAGGACCAGGACAUGUUUUUCACUCCAUCCAUGAGGAGCAGGAUGGCUUUUUACAUCCUGAGCCGUGCCCCGUAUGAAAUACGAGGGAAAACAAAGAAGUUUGGCAUCACAAAACUGCUGGACGGUGGUGUGUACAAAGCUGCCUAUCCCCUCCAUGAUUGCAGAUUUAAUGUCCCUUCCAAAGAAGAAGGCUGUCCCAAUGAGAGGUAUCUACUGUAUCAGGAAUGGGCUCAUCCCAAAAGCUUCUACAAGAUGCAACCACUGGACCUCAUAAGAAAGUAUUAUGGGGAAAAGAUUGGCAUUUACUUUGCCUGGUUGGGUUUCUACACAAUAAUGUUGACUCUGGCGGCUGUUGUAGGACUGGGCUGUUUCAUUUACGGAUAUAAGACUCAAGAAACCAGCACCUGGAGCAAAGAGGUGUGUGAUCCUGACAUUGGAGGCCAAAUUGUGAUGUGCCCACAGUGUGACAAAGACUGCAAAUACUGGAGGUUAAACAGCACCUGUGAAGCUUCCAAAAAACUUUGUAUAUUUGAUAACUUUGGAACCCUAGUGUUUGCAGUUUUUAUGUCGAUUUGGGUAACUUUGUUCCUGGAGUUUUGGAAGCGUUACCAGGCGGAGUUGGAGUAUGAGUGGGACACUGUGGAAUUUCUGGAACAGGAAGAGCCGUCUCGUCCAGAAUAUGAAGCCAAGUGUAUCUAUGAGAGGAAAAACCCUGUCACAGGGGUGAAGGAGAAAGUGCCUUAUACAGAAUGUGGGCGAUGUAUGCGAGUGUCCAUAGGAAUUGGGACGGUCCUGUUCUGGAUUCUGUUGAUCCUGGCGUCCAUCGUGGCCAUCACUGUGUACCGCCUGGCCGCUUUCUUUGCCUUUUCCACAAGGCUCAGGAAUGAGGAGCUGGAGGGUCUGGAGCCUUUAAAGGAGUAUGUGACACCUCAGAUGGCCACCUCCGUCACAGCUUCCCUCAUCAGCUUUGUCGUCAUCAUGAUCCUCAACAUUCUCUAUGAGCGAGUCGCCAUCUGGAUCACUGACUUUGAGCUUCCACGCACGAAGACAGACUAUGAGAACAGCUUGACUCUGAAGAUGUUCCUUUUUCAGUUUGUCAACUAUUAUUCCUCAUGUUUCUACAUCGCUUUUGCUAAAGGAAAAGCAGUUGGUUUUCCUGGACAGCCUGUUUAUCUCUUAGGAAAAUACAGGAAUGAGGAGUGUGAUCCUGGUGGUUGUCUGAUUGAACUGACUACUCAGCUUUCUAUCAUCAUGGGAGGGAAAGCGAUCUGGAAUAACAUCCAAGAGGUUUUGUUACCGUGGGUGAAGAAUGUCCUUUUCCGCUACUGCAAGAGCAUGCCCUCAAAUAGUGGACUUCCUCGAUGGGAACAGGACUACCAGCUUCAGCCCAUUUCAAAACUAGGACUUUUCUAUGAGUAUCUUGAGAUGGUCAUCCAGUUUGGCUUUGUGACCCUUUUUGUGGCUUCCUUUCCACUGGCUCCGGUUCUGGCUCUGGUCAACAACCUGUUUGAGAUUCGAGUCGAUGCUUGGAAAAUCACCACUCAGUUUCGUCGCAUGGUGCCAGAGAAAGCGCAGCAUAUAGGAGCUUGGCAGCCCAUUCUCCAAGGUGUCGCCAUCUUGGCAGUAGCAACAAAUGCCAUGAUCAUCGCUUUUACAUCAGACAUGAUUCCACGUUUGGUCUACUAUUGGUCAUUUUCUGUGUACCCAUACGGAGACAGUGAUAAUCACACCAUGGCAGGUUACAUCAACAGCUCCCUGUCUAUAUUCAACAUCAGCGACUUCCCUGAACAAAGCAGGCCCUUGAGCUCAUCGUACAACAUGGCCACCUGCAGGUAUAGAGAUUUUCGGUAUCCUCCUGGGCACUACCGGCAGUAUGAAUACAAUGUCCGCUACUGGCAUGUGAUUGCUGCCAAAAUGGCUUUUAUAAUUGUUGUAGAGCACGUUGUUUACUUCACCAAGUUCAUCCUGUCCUACGUGAUCCCUGAUGUCCCAUAUACUGUCAAAGAACAAAUCAAACGAGAGAAAUACUUGACCCAAGUUAUCCUACAUGAGACCAACCUCAAGCUGGUGACCAAACGUAUGAAACCAUACCGUGAAGAAACAACAAGCUCACUGCAGAAGUUGCCGCCGGAGGAGUUGGAUCUGGAUUUCUGACACAAGAAAAACAGAGUAUGGUGUCUGUGAACUUCAUAUAACUAGAAGAAAUGCAAAUAUGUUGCAAAGGCUGAGUCAUCCACUUCUCUUGUGUCCCUGUCCACUAUGUUUCCUCCACAGAUGCCCUAAAUGUGUCAAGUUAUUGCUGUUUUUUUGGGUUGAAACUGUCCUGUUAGACUGACAAGAAGAGCAGAUACAGAGAAGGGAUGAGGCAGACAAUCAGUAUGACUAUCAUUAGCCUGUUUACCUUUAUGAGCACAUUGCGUAAGUCUGUUUAGAAGUAUCUUUUAAUCUUUUUAAGCAACAAAAUUAGACUUAAAAACAAAACUAGGCCUCUGAUCGUAGCUGGGAUAGGCUCCACCAUCCCUGCAACCCACCUAAAAAUUACACAGUUCAGAGGAUGAAUGAUAAACAGAACUACACAUCCAGUCUUUUAUCAGGUUCAUUCAUUAAUAAAGCACUUUCAAGAGCAACAUGCAGAGCUACAGUGAAGUAUGGGUAUCAGCCCAGCACCAAAAUUACAACAAAUUUGUCACGUCUUUUGUUUCAUGACUUAAUUUGUCUUAGCUGGAUUAUGUCCCUUCUCCACUGAUAACAAUAGUGUUUCACUCCAUCCAAGGAUUUACAGCACACAUAGGGGGCUUCUGGUGCAGGGCAAUAUCUGUACAAAAUAUCAGUAUUAUUAGAUACAGAGGAUACUCAAGUGUGUUUAAGUGCAUUUUUUGAUCAUCAUCUGUUCUUACUGACCACUAAAUAUUAGUCAAAUUGCUCACAAUGAUACAAAAGUUUCUGUAUUUGAUUUAAGUGCCUUAAGGUCAAUAAGCCUUAGAAACUUUUUUAGCUGUAUUGUUCAGGGAGUUUAUUGUAAAUGCAACGAAAGACACAAUGUUAAGGUUUGAGGUAUCAAAGUUUACAAGUGCAUAAGAGUGGUUUGAGAUUGUAAAGUUUUCCACUUUUAACUAAUACAGUUCACUUAAGAUGUAUUUUUCAUUCAUUUCACCCACUGUAGCCCAGUUGCUGAUGUAUAAUCCUCUCCCACCUCUGUUUCCCUCUCUGGACCCCCGCUGUGCUGUUCUGUACUUUUUACUUUGUUUGUCCCAUGAUAUGACCACUGCACUGCAGAACAUGUUUUAUCCUGUGAUAAAAGAAACACAGUAGUUUCUCUUCCUCUGUGUAGAUGCUGAAAUCAUUGCAUUGCAUACCUCCACUAUAUUAUUGCCUUCCCUUUUUGUGAUAUAAACAAUGGUACUAUAACCACAUAUACACUAAGGAUGCAAACCUGUCUUCUGUUUUUAUAAAGCGCUAAUUUUUUAUAUUAAAAUAUGUCCUUCUCCUUUC